AAGCUUCAGGCUACGGUCAGCACAGGGAGCGUGUGUAGUGCAUGAUCCUCCAGCGUGUUCAGAAAUGAUUAUUUUCAGAUGUGCUGAGGCGGAGCGGGAAGGGCUGUGCAGGGGGACACGGUCAGCUGUCUGUCUUCACUGAGGGAAUGCUUUUCCUUUGAGUCGUUGUGGAAACUGAAGCAGUCAAUGCAAACGGUUGUUCGGAAGGCUAUGGGCCGGGGCGCAGGUGAGCCGACGUGAAAACAGGACAGCGUCACCCAGCCUGCCCCUCAUUUGAACAGUGUGAGGAGGACGGACUGCGACAUGUCUGGAGACAGCAUGACAGAUGUACGAGGAGUCCACUCACACAGUGCGAGUCCUGUUUCACCUAAAGAGAAUGGACACGCAGCGCCGGGUCCAGUUCAGCCCAACUUUACCCACCCCUCAGCGGGGGGCAUACCCGAGGAGACCCCGGUGUCCUCCACCGGCGAGCUGAGACACACCUGGCUGCACUUUGCAAAAACGUUUGUUUUUAUUUUCCCCAUUUACGCGCUGGGCUAUUUCGAGUUCAGUUUGAGCUGGCUGCUGGUUGGACUGGUUCUGUUCUUCUGGUGGAGGAGAAUCACAGGAGGGAAGCACAGCAGGCUGAACCGAGCUCUCACCUUCUUUGAGCAAGAGGAGAGAAGUGUGAAGCAGAGUCUGACCACCUCUGAUCUACCACCAUGGGUCCACUUCCCCGACGUCGAGCGAGUGGAGUGGCUGAACAAGACAGUGAAACAGAUGUGGCCGUACAUCUGCCAGUUUGUGGAGAAACUUUUCCACGAGACGAUCGAGCCGGCGGUGAAGGAGUCCCACGCCCAACUCAGCACCUUCUGCUUCAGCAAGAUCAACAUGGGAGACAAGCCCCUCAGGGUCAACGGGGUCAAAGUUUACACAGAAAAUGUGGAUCAAAGACAGAUCAUCAUGGACCUACAGAUCAGCUUUGUCGGCAACACUGAGAUUGACGUGGACAUCAAACGCUACUACUGCAGAGCCGGCAUUAAGAGUAUCCAGAUCCACGGCGUGUUGAGGGUGGUGAUGGAGCCGUUGCUGGGCGAUAUGCCUCUCGUUGGAGCUCUGUCCAUUUUCUUCCUCAAGAAACCGCUGCUGGAAAUAAACUGGACGGGCCUCACCAAUAUUCUCGACAUUCCUGGGCUCAAUGGCUUCUCUGACAGUCUGAUUCAAGACAUCAUCUACAGUUAUCUGGUUUUACCAAACCGCAUCACCAUCCCUCUGGUCGGAGAUGUGGAACUGGCCAACCUACGCUUCCCCAUGCCGAAGGGGGUCCUGAGGAUUCACUUUUUGGAGGCUCAGGAUCUGGAGGGGAAGGAUAAGUUUCUGGGCGGCCUGAUCAAGGGCAAGUCUGACCCUUAUGGCAUCCUGCAGAUUGGAAACCAGCUGUUCCAGAGCAAGACGGUCAAAGAGAGCCUCCACCCUAAAUGGAACGAAGUUUACGAGGCGUUGGUGUACGAGCAGUCAGGUCAACACCUUGAGAUCGAGCUAUUUGACGAGGAUCCAGACAAAGACGAUUUCCUUGGAGGUGAGUUGAUUCUCAUCUCCUGAUCCGAUCACACAAACUUCAAAAAGAAACAAACGAUAUCUGAGUGGUUUGAACUGGAGGAAACUUCAACUGGGAAACUCCACUUAAAACUGGAGUGGCUGUCUCUGCUCACCACACCUGAGAAGUUGGAGCAGGUGCUGCGAAGUGUGCGUGCAGACAGAAGCCUGGCCAAUGACGGGCUCUCGUCAGCGCUGUUUGUGGUCUACCUGGACUCAGCCAAGAACCUCCCAAGCAACCUGUCAGAUUUCACCUAUGACGGGUUGAAGCAAGUCUCAGUCUUUAAGGCCCUGAAGUCUGCAAAGAAGAGCAGCAGCGAGCCGAGUCCUUAUGUCCAGAUGACUGUCGGACACAAAACACUCGAGAGCAAGGUCCGCUACAAGACCAAGGAGCCUCUGUGGGAAGAUUGCUUCUCAUUCCUCGUCCACAACCCGAGGAGACAGGAGCUGGAGGUGGAGGUAAAAGAUGACAAGCAGAAAUGCACCCUGGGUAAUCUGACGGUGCCUUUGAGCAGCCUGUUGGAGGAGGAGGACAUGACGCUGACUCAGUGCUUUCCUCUCAAGAACUCGGGGCCCAGCUCCAGCAUCAAACUCAAGAUGGCCCUGAGGAUCCUGUCUUUAGAGAAGCAGGUCUCCUCAGAUCAGCCCUCCUCCGUCCGGGUCAGGAAGUCCAGUGUGCCGCAGCCAAACCCGACCCCAUGCAUGAGACUGUCAGCCUCAGAUUCCCCUGUACCUCCUCCCACACCUCCGCCGCCCAUAAACGCCUCCACCCUCACCCUCCAGCAGCGGGACGGCGAGCCGUACUCAGCCAGCCCUCUCCGCAGCGUCUCCAACCUGAGCAGCUGCAUGUCCAGCUCGCAGAAACACCUGCCUCACAAGGAGUCCACACCCAGCCUGGCCUCCGACAUCUCCCUGCCGUUUGCCACUUUGGAGCUUCAGCAACGCCUCCGUCAGCUGCAGAACGGCUCGGCCCCGGGCCAGUUCCCCUUGGGUGAGAUCCAACUGACAGUCCGACACAGCGCCCAGAGGAAUAAACUCAUUGUGGUGGUGCACGCCUGCCGUAACUUGAUCGCCUUCACCAAAGACAGCUCCGAUCCCUUCAUCCGCCUCUAUCUGCUGCCCGACAAGAGCAGGACGGGGAGGAGGAAGACCGGCGCCAUGAAGAGGACCCUCCACCCUGUUUAUGAUCAAACGUUUGAGUUUAGUGUUUCGAUGGUGGAGCUCCACAGGAGAACUCUGGAUGUAGCAGUGAAGAACGGGGGGAGCAUCCUCUCCAAACACAAAGGACUCUUAGGAAAGGUGAUGGUAGAUUUAAGUGGGGAGGAUAUAUCCAGAGGAUGGACACAAUGGUAUGACCUCAGUGAAGACGGGUGGAGUUCUCAGAGCAUAAGAAGUAUUCAGGACCCUCUUCUCACAUAGUGAUGCCUUCUCUGAUUUAAUACAAUCUUGUUCCAAUAAGGGCCCAUCUUUCAGUUUUAUUGAUGUACAUUUUGUUCAUAAAGUUUAACAGGAAUUCUUUCCGCAUGCAGAAAGUUUUUCUGAUCAGGAUUAAAUUACGAUCCGGGUCGGAAGAUAUUGUGAUGCUUUGAAACACAAUGGCCGCCUUGUCUCUCCCUGUUUCUCCGUGUUUCAUGUAAAUAUCAAGUCUCUAACAUAUAAUAAAGUUCAUUUACAGGGCGUUAUGGGAAACUGUUUUGAAAUAAACGUUUCUUCAUCUGAGACUCAAAGGAAGGCUUGAGUAGCAGCCUGGACUUUGUUUUUUAUUUAAUUUUGUCAUGCAGUGUUAUUCAAUUGUUUACCUCUUAUUCUUAUGUUAUGCUUGAUUACAGACACUGAAUGCAGAGAUUUAAAUUAUUCGUCUUGUGUAUUUUAAGAGGACUUUGUGCAAUAUUUGUUGUUGUGGUUGUCGUCUCAGAUCCUGAGAACAUGAGGGCAUUUUAGAGUGAUGAACGAGAGCGGUUAAGGAUACUUGAAUAAGGGUUGAAAUGUUAUUUAAUCCAAAUGUAAGUCAGACAAAGGGAGUAAUAUGAGACGUCAGAGAGCAGGGCUGACACAGACAUGUUGACAAUGGCUUGUCCAUGUUUUUCUUUUUUUGCCACGCAGUCCUAACUGUUCGUUGAAGCGGUUAAAAACUUUGAUCUAUCCUGUGCCUUAAAAUAAAAACAGCGAUGUACGUUUUUUGCCUUGUUAAUGUUAUUUUUUGAAUGACAUGAAGCCUCCAGUGGUUUGAAGAGAAUAAACCUUUUCUCAUGUGAAAGUGGGC